UUGGCACACUAUACCCUACCAAUCCCGCAGCCUGAGUUCGAAUCCCAGCCACGGCCAACAACCAGUGGCGAAUAUCUGCGCCGGUGAUGGGACCGUCCCUAGCUUGACUCAGCAUGGAAGGAGCACCUGGUGCCGAGUGUGCAAACAUCAGCAUUGGAGAGACAAAGGCGGUCGGACGUUGUGCUGACCAAUAGCAUGCAUCCCCUCCUCCUGCGGCGUUCCGGCCUUCGCAGUGCCUGAAUUUGACGCUCAGAACGUGGAGCGAAACGUCGGACGUUGUGCCGAAGAACACGCCACGCAACCAGACAAUGCAUCGAAGAGAGGCCGUACACUCCGCCGCUUUUGUUUGUUAUGGCCCCACCUCGGGGCUGGCUCGUUGCGAUGGAGACGAUACGACGCCCCGUGAUAGAAACGCGUCGAACACACGGUGGCCUCCUCGCCUGGUGGAAAUGGAGCGCACGUCCGCCGCUCAUUGCGAGCUAAGGUCUCCUGCGAUCGCCGAACAGACGACGUGCACGGUGCGAUGAACUGAAAGGGCAGCGGCAGGGGCAGCUGACGAACGAUCGCGAACUCUCAACGCCACCUGCAGUCUUGAAUAUGAUGUUAACAGAAAUCCGGCACGCCACUGUUUCUGCUUGGACAUGAAAUAAGCAACGCGUUGUGGUGAUUGGUUUUAUUUGCAAAAACAACAGACGGUCAUCAUUGAACAGUCAACUCGGAAGUAUAGAUACGUACAGACACGGGUUGUCUCUUGCCAUCGCACAACAAAUAUACGCCAUAUCGCCUACAUUUCGGCUGUUGAGGCAAGUGUUGUUAGCGAGCACCUAUUAAAGAAGGCACACAACGCAGCACGCACACCUUCAUCGACGACAACAACAACAACAACAGUGUACGACUUUGAAAAAUAUUCACCGGUCCAAUUGGGGAAACACGCGGCUUAAAAUCGUGCGUAGAUUUUAACAAAAAGAACAACAACAACAACAAUUCAAAAAGGACCCCACGAAGUCACCCAAAGUGAACACGAUGGCCGAGGUGGACAUCUCGUCAGCGGCGACCAAAAGCAUCCGUCCGUUCCGCUCGAGCGAGGAGUACUUGUACGCCAUGAAGGAGGACCUGGCCGAGUGGCUGAGCGCUCUGCACAGCAUCGACAUCACGGUGGACAACUUCCUGGAGGAGCUCGAGACCGGCACGGUACUCUGCCACCACGCCAACACCGUGAACCGCCAAGCCGCCGAGUUCGCAGAGGCUCAGCCGCAAGCCGCCGCGACCAUGCAGCUUCCCCAGGGAGACCUGGCGUUCGCGUCGCGCGACGUGAAGACCCGCUCCUUCCAGGCCAGGGACAACGUCUCCAACUUCAUCGGCUGGUGUCGACACCGGCUGGGCGUCAACGAGUCCGUCAUGUUCGAGAGCAACGACCUGGUCCUGCGGCGCAACGAGAAGCACUUCGUGCUGUGCCUGCUCGAGGUGGCGCGGCGCGGCGCGCGCUUCGGCAUGCUGGCGCCCGUGCUGGUGCAGCUCGAGCGCGAGAUCGACGAGGAGAUCCGCCUCGAGAGGCAGCCCGAGGCCCAGCCGCCACCCCCCGCCGCUGCGCAGCCCCAGCGCAAGACGUGUGAUCUCAAGAGCCUGGACGGCAUGGUGCGGUUCCUGCUCAGCCGAUGCACGUGCCCGGUGCAGUUCCCCAUGGUGCGGGUGUCAGAGGGAAAGUACCGUGUCGGGGACUCCAGCUCCCUCAUCUACGUCAGGAUCCUGCGGAAGCACGUGAUGGUGCGCGUGGGUGGCGGCUGGGACACCCUGGAGCACUACCUGGACAAGCACGACCCCUGCCGCUGCCUGGCCCCCACUCACAGGACGCCGGUCAAGGCAGGGGGCUCAUCGCAGCUCUCCAAAACGGCCACGUCGGUGUGCCCGGAGCAGACCGGCCUGGGGCCCAGGUCGGGCUCGCAGCUUCGCCUCUCUGCGACGACCCACGACCUCCGGCCCUACUCCCCUCUCCCCGGGACCGCUGAGCACCGUGGGCAGGGAAGGGAGGGGACGAUUCCUCGCCCCGGGACCCCCGUGAGAAUGAGGGACGACGACAUCGGCGGUAAGAGCAAGGAGAGGCGGAGGCCCCUUUCGACCCACGACCCGUUCGUCGGCGCGCAGGCCUCACGCCCGAGAACCCCGUCGCUGCUCGAGCAGCAGCAAGAGCAGCAACAGCAGACCGCAAAAUUCAGACCAACGAGACCCCGCAGUGAAGUGGAGCCGACUCCUCUGCACAGCAGACCCUACUCUUCGGCGGAGUCGCUGACGGGCGCUCGGCACGAUAACGAGCAAGUGCUGCUGCGGGUGCGGCGCAGCAAAGACGGCCGGCACGCGGUGACGCGCGUCGCGCUCGUCGAGGUCGCGCCCUCGGCUCGUCGGAGGCGAUUGGAGGAGCCGCUCGAAGACGAAGCGUCCGGGGCGAGUGGCGCUCAACUCGGCUCCCAGCUGAAGGAGUCGAUGAGCACGAGCCUUCCCGCCCGCGCCAGCCCGAGGCAGAGAGGGGCGGCCGCGGACGGCAUCCGGCAGCUUGUGACCCAGCCCGCCACCGCCGUCAAUAAGUAUCUUCCCUGCGCGCCUUCCAUGGACAGAGCCCGGUCACCGGCCCCGGCACGCUCUCUGGCGGUCUCCGGCACAAACAGCAUCAAGAGCUCCAGGUCGCUGGACACUCAGCUCGACGUGGUGAGCUACAGGGCGCAUCCCAACCGGCGAAGCGACCCUGUCCAGAGGGACGGCGCUUGGUCUCCGCAGGCGACGGCUCAGCUUGUUUACAUCGACGAGCACGGGAAAGAGUUGGAGCAGGACGACGACGAUGACGUCGACGAGGAGGACGCGAGUGUCGCGUGCAGGCCGCCGGGCGACCGCCCGCGCGAGGAGGAAGCGGAGCUCUACCGCCGUCUGGAGGAGGAGUUUCGGGCCAACAUGCGCAAGAACAAGCUUGACGCAACGGCCGAGGGAGGAGGAUUCGACAAUGAGAUGAACGACAGCGGAGUCGCCCCCUCUCUGUCGGGCUCCACACCCGCCGCGUCGCCGCAUCGCGACUUCUCCGACAUCGCCAAGAGCGACUCGGCCUACUCCUCCUUGCUGUCGCUGGAGACGAUGCACCCCAAGCACGGGGGCCUCCCCAACGGCGCUCAACCCCGGGACCGCGCGAACAAAACCCCUCCCGAGAGCGUGCGCGACGAGUUCGCCUCCCCCCACCACGUGGGCCCGCCGUCCUCGCGUGGUGGCGGCAGCAGCAGCAGCCACCCGGCGCUCAGGCACCUGGGCGCCAGCCUCGACAUCGGCGGCACCCGCACGAGCGGCGCCCGCACGAUCGGCCCCUCAUCGUGCGGCGCGUCGGACGAUUCGGGCACGGAGCCGGUAGGGGCGAGGAUUUCGGUGAGCGUGCCGGUGGCCCAGGGGGAUUACGGCGCUGUCGUGGCCGAGCUGAAGCAGAGCUCCGUGCACCUCAAACGCGUCGACAUGGAUGGCUGGGGCAGCAAAGCGCCCGCGCUGGGCGCACUCCGGCGCGACGGGACGUUCACGCGAAUGUCCAAGUCCGUGGACGAGGUGAGGGCCGUCGACCCGCAGCCCGCGGUGGAGGCCGUAGAGAGAGCGUCGAAGAACGGGCACCGCGACACGCUGACGAAAAGGCUGAUCCUCGGCGAAAGGUUCAGUGUCAUUGAAGACAGUCUCAGGUCGAAACUGGCGAAGGCGCCUCCCAUCAACGGUUCGGACGGUGCCGUCAAUGGUGAAUGGCGCUCAAGUGAAAGCAGCCACGGAGGCGAUUCAGACAAGAUGUCGGAGGUGGCUGACGGCAGCGAGGUGAGCGCGACGCCACGGGUCGCAGACGAUCGAUUGCAGAAUGAUGGGGUGAAUGGGGAAACGCUGGGUUUGCGAAAUUCAAUGGUGGCAGCAGCAGCAGCGGAACCACUUGCGUGCGGAGAAGAGAGGGCAUCCAGGCGGACGCAGCAGCAGCAGGCUCGGCAGGGCCUCUCUCGGCCGAGGAAGAGCCUUCGGAAGCCUGAGCGCGUCCCGUCCAUUUAUAAGCUGAAGCUCCGCCCGAAGAUUCGUCCUCGUCGUGACCACAGGCCAGAGCAACGUCCCUCCAAAAUCCCCACCCCCACCGUCUACAAGCAGGCCGAGGCCGGCGACAAGGAGACCCCUAGCUCCGGGAGCCCAGAUCCUCCGUCGUCCCCCAACAAGCUGGGCUCGCGAAGCUUGCCGACACCACGGCCGCAACACGCCACGAGUCCCCCUCAGAAUUUGAGGAGCUCCCUCAACUUGCAAAAUGGGGGCGGCUGGCAGUGGCAGCGCAGCCGGCCUUCCUGCCUGCGUGGCAUCUCAACGCAAGGUGACCAGUGGGACGGCGCGAGUCUCGGCCGACAGCCAGGCGCAAGCGAGGCCCGGCGCGCCCCGAUACGCCGUGGCCCAAGUGGGCCGUGCCCCGUCCACGCGGGCCACGGGAAGGAGGCCGGGUCAAAUUGCCCGCGUUCCCUCCAACCGCUCCUCUGGGCGGCCCGCGAGCCGGCCGCCGCAGGGCAGCGGCGCGUCUCAGCUGGGCCGGGCCCCGAGCGUCAGGACGAUGUCUCGGACGCCGUCGGCAAGACAGCUGGCGCGUAGGGGCUCCCGCGUGCGCAGCCUGCUCACGCCCAACGUGAGGGCCGAGGAGGAGCUGGGCUCCGAGGAGGACGUGUGGCCGCCACAGCACAGCGUUCCGCCGAGGGCGCACAUCGCCGGCCGCAGGCUGCCCUCUACGCCGGACGCCAGCCCGUCCGGGCCUCGGGGCUCCGGCAGUAGCUCCAAGGCAUGCUGCUCGGGGGCGGCAGCGGACGAGGAGUCGUGGGUGUGAUCAUGAGCGACCUGGCAGGGCCGCUGAAAGUGCUUUGGAAGGCCAUCUCUGGAAGCUUCCGUGGCCAUUUCUGAAGCACCCCCUAUAUGGCCCUGUGACCUGGUCCAUCUCGAUGAGCCACUGGAUGUAAGUGUCUUCGGUGGGAAUCAAUUUCUGCACGAGCACCUUGGAUUGUGCGUGUGUGCAUAAUGUGAAUAACAGACCGAUCGGCAUGAUAGUAUUUUUCUGUGGUGGUGGUGGUGUACAAUACGGUGUGGUGUUGCAUAAGUAAGAGUUCUGCAAAGUAUUAUGCACAAUGCUCCAAUGUGUUCUGCUACGCGUGUUGAGUGUCAAAUGCUAAUGUGAUCAAAUGGGCUGUGAAUCGCAAACAAAUAUUGAGCGUGGUGUGGCGACGAAGAUUAAUAUAUCGUUCAGCGUGAGAAAACAAGUGAAGGGGGAAAAACCCUCGGUCAAAUAAUUCAUGAGCGACGUGAGUCCCAUCAUUGGUACAACUAGAGUAAACUCUUGAUUAUAAUUAUUAUUCUUCCGAUAAUUCCGCUGCACAGUAUUUGGCAGCUCACGAAGAGAGAGAACGACUAAGAGGGGUGAGGGCGCCACGGACGAGUUGUAAAGGCAGCCGGGCGGUGAGCCGCCGCCAAAUUACCCCCAAGCUCUGGGGUCCCUCUGUAUAUUAAGGUGUUAUUAUCGGUCACUUAAAGAACGUUUACAUGUGGGAGGAAAACCAAAGCACUCGGAGAUAUCCCACGCCUGGAAAGGGGGCAAUGCGCUAUCCCAUGCAGAUGUAGAAACUAAACUAUAUUCACUUGUACGUAUACACCGCGGCUAUGUAUACACGCACAUGGCAAGGGAGUUACACAACGCUUGUGUGAUCCACCAACCUUAGCUGCCUCCACAGUGCCGGCUUACAGCUCCACGUUGCAGCAUAGCCACCGCCGUGAUAACGGGGGGAAGGGUAAGGGGUGCCGCCAAAUAACCCAACAACACGGAUAUUGCGAAACGUGUAAAGUAAGGCGACAACAAAGCACUUCAUAACAAAAGGUUAGAUCGCGUUAGGUAUAAAUGUGUUGAAACCCUCUACCACCCGACACGGCCAAUCAGUAAGGGGUUUGUCACGUAAACAAAACGCCAAAUAGUUCACUACUUCAGCCCACCGGUGUGUUGGAGAGUACAUCCACAACAUUUACGUUUCGCUGGUAAUUACAUCCAGCAUCAUCGGGCGAUUUGCCAGAAUAGUGAAGCCAUCCACCUGCUUCCGGUCUUAAAAAGCCACUGUUGAUUACCUACAUAGAAUGGGGGUGCAUACUUAGCGCGCAAGUCUUAAUUUUUUUUCUAUCCAAUGCUCCUGAAAGUUGCAGUCACGUGGCCGCCGAGUCACGGACCCGUCGCGAGCGAGCAGCACCGAAACAUGAAACACGAGCGCGCGUGUGUGAGAUGUUUUUGAUAAUUAUUUGAUAAAUUUAGUUUUAGUGUUUGUUUUUUUUUGCUUUCUUCGUCAGACGCAAGCACGGUUAAUCCCGCAAGCCGCAUAAUCCGGAUGAUUAUUAAUCGGGAGCUCACGGCGACUAGUUUGACGUCCCGCGGAAUGGGGUCGCAAUCACCGGCCACGUGCGUGAUGAUGACGUAGCCGUCUCUGAUCUUUAGUCUCCACGUGGGCGCUUUUCAUCACCCCCCCCCCUCCUCCUCCUCCCCCCGCCUCCCCCUUCUAGCCCCCCCCCCCCC